AUGCAGGAGAAGAAGGAGAUCAUCCCUUUCCGCCACUUCAACCACUGCGUUGGUCGCAAGGCCCAAGCGAAAACCUUCGGCGUUGUCCAAGGACGUUGGCCCGUGAAAUCCUGCGAAUUCAUCUUGCAGCUGUUGAGAAAUGCGGAAAGCAAUGCUGACUACAAAGGCCUGGACACCGAUGUAGGUCAUAUCGGGAUGCUUUGGACUGCGAUGCAAGUCGUCAAUGAUGCGCAGAGUAAUAACAUUCAAAAUGUCAAGAUCUGGACCACGAAUAUCGUCGUGAGCAAGGAUAUCGAAUUGAGCAUUAUCUACAAGUGGCAUCCGCAGCCGUCAAUACAUUUGAAAUGGCAGAAUAAGGCAACAAGCGAAACCCGGAUAAUAUUGCGCAAGUGCGGACGAUCCGAAGUCGUCUCAAUGGCGCACCUGAUAUGG